AUGGAGGUUGAGGAAGCGGGAGAAGAAGAGGUGCAGGCGCGGGAGAAAAAGGAGGAUGCGCCGGCAAAGGAGCUCGACCUCCUCGGCGCGCUCGGGUCGGAGGUGCCGGAGGGGAAGGCCGUGGAGGCGGUGGCAUCGGGCAAGGGGAAGGAGAAGGCAGCAAUGGUGGCGGCGGAGGAGAAGUCGCCGGCGGCUUCGGGAGGCGGCGAGAAGAAGCGCUCGUUCAAGUGCAACUACUGCCAGCGCAAGUUCUACACCUCGCAGGCGCUGGGCGGCCACCAGAACGCGCACAAGCGCGAGCCGGCCGCGGCCGCCGCGGCUGGGCGCGGGCUGUACGGCGGCGCCGACCCCUUCGUGCCGCCGCACCACCUCCGCCUCCCGCACGCCUGGCCGUACUCCGCCGGCACCGGCAGGCCCUCGUCGUUCCUGGGGUUCGGCCGGGGCGCCGCCGCCGCGCCGUUCUACGGCGCGUACCACGGGUGGCCGGCCGGGCACGCCCAGCCGUCCAUGGCGGGGCUCGCGCGCCACGACCGCCCCGCGUACCCUCCUCAUGGCUACGGGUACAGCACGUCGUCGUCGAGGGCCCCAGCCCCAGCCCCAGCUCCUACCGUCCUCGACUCCGGGAUGCCUGGGCUCCGGUGGGUCGGCGGCGAUGCCGCUGCCAGCGGCGACCACGGCGUAGCGCAGCAAGAAGAGGGGCAGCAGCAGCAGGCGGAGGCGCAGAGUUGCAAGAUAGACCUGAACCUCAGGCUCUAG